AAGGUCUUCCUCUAAUUCCUCUGAUUCUGUCGUGGAUCGGUUAUUCGUACCUGUUGUCCUUUUUCUUCGUGUUUCAAUAUAAAAAUCUCACCGAGAUCAAGGCAAAUCUCCGCAUGACUUCCCUGUCCUCUUACUCACUUUCGUAACAAUGAGCGGUGCAAAUCUCCUGUACACCUUUGUGUCAUAUAUCGGUGCACCGUUGCUGUCCAAGAGCACCGUUCCUCGUGUUUUCGGAUUUGGGGCUAACUGCUUCAAUGCCGGUAACGUGUAUUUUUGUGUAUCGAUUCUUUUGCGGGGCCGUAGGAUCGUUCUGUUCGGGUGCACGCCGAGCGAGGGUAUUGACGCCGUACCUGAAGAGGGUUAGUAAAGUGAAAGUAGUACGUACUCGGCUUCGAACUGGCGUCCUACAUCGCUUGGAGGAAACCCGGCUUUCUUCCCUGUGACGAAUUCUAGUAU